UGAAACCAUGAUUUUUUAGAUCUCAGCUUCCUGGGUAGUUAGGAUUAUAGAUAUGUAUGAGCCACCAGCACCCAAUUAAUAAUUCUAUUCUUAAUAGACAAGAUAUACUAUGUAUCAUUUUUUUUGCACUCGUACAUGUGAUUUUAAAUCUCUAAACAUGAAAUAUGUUCUGCUAUAGAUUACUACUGCUAUUUGUAGUAAAUGUGAAACAAUUAACACAUAAAAAAAGAUUAUUUGUGCAUAUUUUGGCUAUAGGUUUAAGAACUAUUGCUCUCUUCAUAAUGGAAGAUUUUAUCUGCCUCCUAUUUGCUAGGAUUCAGAGCUACGAUGGCUGAAUAAACAAAUAUGGGGGAUUGGAACCUUCUUGGAGGUGUUCUGGAGGAAGUCCAUAUUCACUCUACCAUGAUUGGAAAGAUCUGGCUCACCAUCUUGUUCAUAUUUCGCAUGCUUGUUCUGGGGAUAGCAGCUGAAGAUGUCUGGAAUGAUGAACAGUCUGAUUUCAUCUGCAAUACAGAACAACCAGGUUGCAGAAAUGUGUGCUAUGACCAGGCUUUUCCUAUCUCCCUCAUUAGAUACUGGGUUCUACAAGUAAUAUUUGUGUCUUCACCAUCUCUGGUCUACAUGGGCCAUGCUUUAUAUCGACUGAGAGCUCUACAGAAAGAGAGGCAUCGGUUAAAAGCUCAAUUGAAAAAAGAACUGGAGGAAGUAGAGUUUAAAAUGCCUGAGGAUCAAAGAAGACUGGAACAAGAGCUUUGCCAGCUGGAGGGGAAAAGGAAACCAAAUAAAGCUCCACUCAGAGGAAGCUUGCUUUGCACUUAUGUGAUACACAUUUUCACUCGCUCUGUGUUUGAAGUUGGGUUCAUGACUGGACAGUACUUCCUAUAUGGAUUUCACUUAGAUCCUCUAUUUAAAUGCCAUGGCCACCCAUGUCCAAAUAUAAUUGAUUGUUUUAUCUCAAGACCAACAGAAAAGACAAUAUUCCUAUUAUUUAUGCAGUUCAUAGCCACAGUUUCACUUUUCUUAAACAUUCUAGAAAUUUUCCACCUUGGUUUUAAAAAAAUUAAAAGAGGGCUUUGGGGACAUUUUUCGGACGAAAGCCAAGAAGCCCGGCACAAACAGAUAGGCCGCCACGACUCCCAAGGGCCAACCCUCCCCAAGCCGCGGGCCCGCGCUCCGGCCCCGCCCCGGCACCACGCCCACCUGGGGCCCCACCUGGACACUUGCGAGGAGCUCCCGAGCCCAGGCCUCUCCGCUCAGCAACCGCCGCGCCGGGGGACCGGAAGAGGAAGGCUAGGGGGAAGGAAAGGGCAGCCGCAGGGGCGGGCGUACGCAGCCUCCCUGGGCUCGGACUGCCAUGGCAGAGGCACGGCGUCCUGGUCGCCAUGA